UUGAUGGUAUUCAAUUAUAUAAUGAACUUCUUUGUCAUAUGAAUAAGUUAAUUAAAUUUACAUUUAAUAUUCAGACAAUUGUUUAUAGACGUAAUAAUAAUAUUAGUUUUUCAUCAAAUGAAGAUAUUCAACGUAGUUUUAUUGGAAAAGAAAUAUAUAAACAAAUUGAUUCAUAUAUUAAUAUUAAUUCACGUAUCCAAUCAAAAUGUCAUAUUUAUUCACUUCCAUAUCAAUUCGAAUAUUUACUUGAAAUCAAUAAUUCUUUUCCAGGAGGCAUGUUUCAUUCAGUUCGAUAUUUGGUAGUUAUUGAUGUGAUUCCUUUUGAAUAUCAAUUCUUUCAAAUUAUCUCUCAUGAUAUACCUUUUAUCGAAAUUUUGCAUAUACGUAAUAAUAAACCACAAAAAUAUAAACAGUAUUCAUCUACUGAAUUAAUUACUUUUCAUCAUCUUAAACAUCUUGAUCUAAGAUUGGCACAUGACGAUUAUGCUGAACAAUUUCUCUUGAAGAAAGUAAGUUAUCUACCUUAUUUAUUUAACCUUGACAUCAAAUAUGAAUCACUUAUAAUGAUAACAAACAAUUUUACCAUUGAUACAACAUAUUUUAACUUUAGUAGAGUCAAAGAUCUUGAUCUAGAUCAAUCAUUUUCUUCAGAAAAAUGUCACCAAUAUUUUCCUAUGUUAUAA